AUGGCUCCAAAAUCAUGCGACGGCGAGGUAAAUGAUGGAUCUUCGAGCGACGUAAAUGUGAUGGAACCAAUGGAAACAUCCACCGGCGUUGGCCUAUCUUUUCUGGGGAAGCGCAGGGCCGAAACCCCCAACCCUGGUGAAAGCGAGCAAAUAGCUGACGAGGACGGAGAAGAAUACGAAUCAGUCGAGGACGUUGUUGUGGAAGACGAUCGAAUCAGAGGAGGAAGGGAUGAGGAGGAUAGUGAGCCGGAAUGGGGUUAUGAUAGCUUCGAUGGCCGAGAGUAUCAUUCCUCUGAUCAGAUGGGGUAUUCGGACAAGGAGGUUUCUUUGAGCCGUCAGACCGUUUUCCUCCCCUCUGGGGUGGAAUUAGUUCGCUCUACGAUCUUGAAGCGAACGCUGGGAAAGGCCUUACCGUCCGGAUUGAAUGUGAAGUUGGAACAUAUCUUGAGGGCGAAUUACAACCCUGGCUCCAUGUCCAAGUUUUACAUUACAUUUGCUGCAAGAGAGUCUGAUUCUCCAGAUGCACCUUCAGAGGAGUAUCAAGCUAAGGCCGCAUGGUCUGCAGCCGAGAAGACUUAUCCCAUCUUUUGUAGACCAAGUGAAUCUAAGGUUUACUCAAUCAUCGAGAUGGCUCCUAAAUCAAGCGACGGUGAGACCAAGUAUGGAUCUUCAAGCGACGGCGAGAUCAAGUGUGGAUCUUCAAGCGAAAACCAAUCAACGGAGUCAAUGGAAAUUACCACGGGAGAUGAAUCUUCUAUGCUGGGGAAGCGCAAGGUUGAAACCACCGACCUGGAGGAUCCCGAUGAAAAUGACGAGGAGGAUCCCGAUGAAAACGACGAGGAGGAUAGUGAAAGUGAUAGUGAUUCCGAAUGGGAUAAGGAUAGCUUCGAUGGCCGAGAGUAUCAUUCCUCUGAUGAUCAGAGAGAGUAUGCCACCAAGGACCUUGAGAAGAGGGCCCGUUUUUACAAGCGCACGGUCAUCGAAACCAAGUCAAGUGCCGAAUUCCCACCUUACCUAUGGGGUGGAAUUGCCACACUCCGUGGUCUGGAUGAAAAGAUGCGUACAGGUGUGACAGGAUUUAAUGUGAAGUUGGAUCAUGUUUUGAGGGCUAAUUUCAACCCAGGGGGCAGGACAACGUACUACAUCACUUUUGCUGCAAGAGAGUCUGAUUCUCCUGAUGCACCUCUAGUGGAGUAUCAAGCUAAGGUGGAUUGGUCUGCAGGCAAGACUUAUCCCAUCCUUUGCAGACCCACUUCACCUAAAUUGGUUGAAGUUGAUGGAGGAGCUCAAUUGAAAAAGGUAUCCGAGGAGAUCAUCAAUUGA